UUAAAAGAAAAUGAAAAGCCCAAAACAGUGAACGGGCUCCCAUCCCAUUUUGUCGAUCAAGUUCCCUGAAGAUUUUGAAAGAGGGAGAGAGAGCGCAAGAUGAGGUUUAACUGGCGGCGUAGAUGAGCGGUUGUCGGCGGCGGAGGCAGAGGGUGGGCAGAGGAAACCUUGGCACAGCAGAUCUGCGCUCAGUUGCUGGACUGACCAUAUAUAUACAAACACCAAGAUUUCGUUAUCCGUUUGUGGACGUUACAAACUCUUCACUUCCAGCAUGGCUUCGUCUUCCUCCACUCUGCUCUUUCCAUUUGGUUCAUCUUCUGGAAAAGGGAUGUCCGCAGAUUACCAAGGCGUUUCCUGCAACAAAGUUCAAGGGAUGCUUAUCCGAUGUUCUAAUUCACAAGUUACUAUAAAUGCUACAAGGUCAAGAGUAUGUAAGGAUGAGUUUAAUGUAAUCAAAAGAAGAGAUAUGAUUGGGUUGCUUUUCGGAGUUUCAAGCGCUGUGACAGGCGCAUUUGAAGCUGAGGGAGCUGGUCUGCCCCCAGAAGAGAAGCCUCGACUGUGUGAUAAUUCUUGCGAGAAGGAGCUUGAAAAUGUGCCUAUGGUAACUACAGAGUCUGGUUUGCAGUACAAGGAUAUUAAAGUUGGUCAAGGCCCCAGUCCACCAGUCGGUUUUCAGGUAGCAGCGAAUUAUGUAGCCAUGGUUCCAUCUGGACAAAUAUUUGACAGUUCAUUGGAGAAGGGUCAAGUUUAUAUAUUUCGUGUUGGCUCUGGUCAGGUGAUCAAGGGACUUGAUGAAGGGAUCUUGUCCAUGAAAGUAGGAGGGAAGCGACGACUCUACAUCCCAGGAUCGUUGGCAUUUCCCAAGGGUCUCAAUUCAGCUCCGGGAAGACCAAGGGUGGCUCCAAGCAGUCCGGUUGUUUUCGAUGUGAGCUUGGAAUACGUACCAGGCCUUGACAUUGAGGAAGAGUAAGAGAACAGAUGCCUCUCUUCUUUUAUAUAUUUUUUCUUUGUAGUUGUUGAUCUUUUCUGAACACAGGAGCAACAUAAAAGAUCCAUGAUGUAAGCACUUGCAUUGAAUAUGUCAAUUAAUUCAAUUUUUUCUUCA